GGCGGCCUCAACUGCCGUCCGGAACGCCGAGCGAGAUGAGUUCGGGCGCUGACGGCGGCGGCGGUGUGGCCGCGGCGCCGUCCCGAGGGGGCAGUCCGGCGGAGGAUGGCUUCGUGCCGUCGGCUCUGGGGACCCGAGAGCAUUGGGAUGCUGUCUAUGAGAGAGAACUACAGACUUUCCAGGAAUAUGGAGACACAGGAGAAAUCUGGUUUGGAGAAGAGAGUAUGAGCCGACUAAUACGGUGGAUGCAGAAGCAGAAGAUUCCACUGGAUGCUUCAGUUCUUGAUAUUGGAACUGGAAAUGGUGUUUUCCUGGUUGAACUUUUUUCAGGUCUCUGCCAGAAUUCUCCAACUCUUCGUUGUCAUUCACUUUGGAAGUUUGAAAAUCUGUUUCUGGCAAAAUUUGGUUUCAAUAACAUUACCGGAAUUGAUUACUCUCCUUCAGCAAUUCAGCUUUCUGAAAGGAUCCUAGAGAAAGAAGGGUUAUCUAACAUUAAAUUGAAGGUAGAAGACUUUUUGAAUCUUUCCACAAAGCUGUCUGGAUUUCACAUUUGUAUUGACAAAGGGACUUUUGAUGCCAUAAGCCUUAAUCCUGACAAUGCAAUUGAGAAGAGGAAGCAAUAUGUGAAAUCUCUCUCCAGGGUGUUGAAAGUAAAAGGCUUUUUUCUAAUAACCUCAUGUAAUUGGACCAAGGAAGAGUUGCUAAAUGAAUUCAGUGAAGGAUUUGAACUUUUUGAAGAGCUGCCAACACCCAUGUUCAGCUUUGGUGGCAAAUCUGGAAACAGUGUAGCAGCAUUGGUUUUCCAAAAAUCCUGAGACUUUUCCACGAACAGAUUCAGGUAGCUUUUUAAGAAGCUACACAGCAAAGCAAACCUGAUACAGAGCAUGAAAGUAUAAAUAAAGGCUUAGUAAGUACCAGUGAUGCACAUGUUGAGUAGAUAGAUUGAGUUGGUUAAAAAAAAAAAAAAAAAUCCAUGAUCAUGUAAGUGAUUGGUUUUUAGAGAUCAAGAAUAGUUUUUAAUUUUCUUUUGUAUUUGUAAAUAUUUUCUCUGAUUUAAAAAAUUUUUCUGUAAUUGCUAAAGUUUAA